CAGCCGGUCUCAGUGACCCUGUUCUUCUCUGCCAGGGACGGACCAUGGGCAGUUUUGUGCGCUCUCUCCUCCUGUUGGGGACCGUGGCCGUGCCUGAGACCUGGGCGGGCUCUCACUCCCUGAGGUAUUUCUUCACCGCCGUGUCCGGGCCCGAGCUCCGGGAGCCGCGGUUCCUCACCGUGGGCUACGUGGACGAUCAGCAGUUCGUGCGCUUCGACAGUGAGGGCGAGAGUGCGAGGAUGGAGCCGCGGGCGAAGUGGAUCGAGCGGGUGGGGGAGGAGGACCCGGAAUACUGGGAGCGGAACACGCAGAUCUCCCGGGCGGACACACAGGUUUUCCGAGGGAACCUGGAGACAGCGCUCGGCUACUUCAACCAGAGCGCGGGCGGGGUCCACACUCUCCAGAGAAUGUACGGCUGCGAGCUGACCCCCGAGCUGGCCUUCAAGCGCGGGUUUUACCAAUUCGCCUACGACGGGCGGGACUACAUCUCCCUGGACACGGACACCUCCACGUGGGCGGCCACGGCGCCCCAGGCUGUGAACACCAAGCGCAAGUGGGAGGCGGACAGGAGCAUCGCGGAGAGAUGGAAAGCCUAUCUGGAGGACGAGUGCGUGCUGUGGGUGAAGAAGUACCUGGAGAUGGGGAAGGAGACGCUGGGGAGGACAGACCCACCCUCUGCCCGAGUGACUCACCACACUGACCCCAAUGGGGACGUGACCCUGCGGUGCCGGGCUCAGGACUUCUACCCUGGGGACAUCUCCCUGAUGUGGCUGAGGGAUGGGGAGGAACAGCUCCAGGACACGGAGUUCAUUGAGACCAGGCCUGCAGGAGACGGGACCUUCCAGAAGUGGGCGGCUGUGCAGAUGACCCCGGGCCAGGAAGGCAAAUACACCUGCCGAGUUCAGCACGAGGGGCUGCCUGAGCCCCUCUCCCUGAAGUGGGAGCCACAGUCCCCAUCCACCUUGCUCAUUGUGGGGGUCAUCGCUGCUGUCCUCUGCAUCAUCAUUGCAGUCAUUGCUGGAGUUGUGAUCUGGAGGAAGAAGAAUUCAGGUGAAAAAGGAGGGAACUAUGUUCAGGCUGCAGCCAAUGACAGCGCACAGGGAUCAGAUGUCUCUCUCACAGCCAGAGCUUGAGAGAAUUGCCUGGUAUGGACCUGAGAGAGAAAACCAGUCUCCAGGCCCUGUGUUGUUCCUGUUGACCCCUGGCUUCUCUCCCCACCUCUGGCCCCUGGGAUCAUCCCUGGACUCCACUGGCCCAAGCCCAGGGCAGCAUCAUCGGGGCCCUCACCCUGUUCUCUAAGGCUUCCCUCCCCCCCCCAUCCUUCCUUUCUGCCUGUCUAUCUCACUCUGCAGGGAGACCACCAGCAGUAAGGUCCAGAGGGCUUUGGGAAUGAGCCCUCCCCCAAUCUGAUGUGGCCCUGACCUCUGGGAUCUCUGUCUGACUGAAAAAAAUGCCUAAUAAAUGAUUGUUCUUGAAUCUUCA